AUGUCAAGAAAGCGGAAGGCUUUGUCCUUGGACAUGAAGAUGGAGAUGCUUCGAGCCGUGGACGGCGGCAUGCGGAAGAAGGACGUCGCGGAGAAAUACGGCAUCCCUGCGAACAGCCUCUCGACAAUUCUAAAGGCGCGGGAGAACAUCGAAAACAGCUUCUACGAGCAAGCAAUGUGUGGCAGUCGCAAGAAGUUACGGAAGUGCUCGUUUCCGGACGUUGAAGAGGCGCUGCUUGCUUGGUUCAAGGAUUUGAGAGCAAGGAAUCUGCCUGUCUCAGGUGCCCUCCUGCAAAAAAAGGCGAUGGACUUGGCUUUUCUGCUUGGCCACAAGGAAGAGGACUUCAGUGCAAGCAGUGGGUGGUUGCACAGGUUCAAGGCGCGCCAUGAAAUUACGUGUCAUGUGGCGUCUGGUGAGUCAUCUGCGGUUGACCGGGACAGUUGUGAAAAGUGGAUGGAAAAGGUUGCACCCUUACUGCAAGAAUACGACGAGAAGGACAUAUACAACGCUGAUGAGACUGGACUGUUUUUUAAGCUGCUUCCGGAGCGAUCGCUAGCUGUGAAAGGUGAGACUUGUCACGGCGGAAAAAGAAGCAAGGACCGUUUGACAGUGUUGUGUGCGGCCAACAUGGAUGGCUCUGACAAACGGAAGUUGGUCGUCAUCGGCAAGUCAAAGAACCCACGCUGUUUUAAGGGGAUCCAGCGGCUACCAGUCGAGUACUACGCCAACAAGAAAGCGUGGGUCACGUCACAGCUCUUUGAGCAGUGGGUGAUCGCGUUUGACCGCGACAUGCAGAGGCAACGCAGGCAAGUGCUAUUGCUCUUGGACAACUGCGCAGCCCACAAAAUUGCAACGCAGUUACGGGCUGUUCGGCUGCUCUUCCUUCCACCAAACGCGACGUCGCUGCUGCAGCCUCUCGACCAGGGUAUAAUUUGGUCCUUAAAGAGCUUGUACAGGAAACGUCUCGUCUCCAGGCUCGUGUUCGACAUGGACCAGAAGAGGGUUCCAACAGCCAUAACAGUGAGAACAGCGAUAGAGAUGCUAUACGGAGCCUGGAACGAUGUCACCGCGGCCACAGUCAAGAACUGCUUUGUAAAGGCUGGUUUCGCCCGUGACCUUCCAACGACACAGGAAGAAGCAAACCUGGAGCAGCCCGAGAUGGACGCUUGGAGACGCCUUCACGUCGAGGACGUUACGUUCGACGAUUUCGUGUCGGCUGACGACGCAGUCAUGGUGGCGCCGGAACUGACCGACGACGAUAUCGUUGCCGGCGUUGGCACCAACGGUGUUGAUACUGGCAGCGACGACGACGGCGGAGAUGACGACGACGGUGCCCACGAAAGCCUGCAACCACCUCACGUGAGAAGCGAAGAAGCGCUAAAUAUGGUGCACGCGCUGAAGGACUUCGUAUUGGCGCACCCGACAGCGUCGUCGGAAGCCGUUUGCGAAGCUUACCGCUGUGCCGACAGGAUUGGGGAGUUUAUUCUCGCACAUUCGAGUGCCACGAAGCAGCAGAAAAUAACCGACUUUUUCGCUGUUUGA